ACUCAUGUGGAUGUAUUAUGUGCAGAUUACGUAAUGGCACAACGUGAAGAGUUCAUGCUCUCUUUAUUAUUCAGAUCUUGUAAAAAUUUAAUCCUACAGAUAAGAUAACAAAUGCAUUACAGAGAACCGUUUAUGCCAAGGUCGAGUGUUUCUCAUCUAUGUAGGAAGAUCGAAAGUAGUUUUGCUUUGAGAAUGCAACAUUCGAUCCCUAAUUCACCCCAAUUGCGUAUCGUUUUUAAUAUUCAAUGAUACAUCUAUCAUAUCUUUAUAGAAUAUAAAAUAUCAAAAUACGUAAAAUAAUAUAUAGAAUAAUUUUAGAUAUUUUACAGAUAAAUUUGAUUUAAAAAAUUGAAUAUAUUUGUAAAACCUAUAUGUCAUUAGUGAAGAACACAAUCUUGUCUUGAUUACGACUUAAUAUUAAUGCGAGACUUAAUAUUCGUGCAUCUUUGAAUACAUAUAUAAACUAUCUCAUAGUCUGACCUGAUUAAAUAGAACUAGAACAUAAAUAUACCAGCUUAUUUAAUAGAAAUGCAGGAUUUGUAUUAGAGAUAUCGAAAUUCCAGGUCGCGCGAGGUAGUUUUCCGUACAUUAAACAUACAACUAUUAUUAUUUCUAGAUCAAGAGUUUAUCAAAUUUUUAAACUCUGAACGACGCGACACGGUUUACAUAAAACCGGAUUUGCCCGACACACAUUUGUGUACCACGUGUCGUCAUGCUGAGUCGUCAUUACAUUUUUAGGCCUUUCCAAAUUCCUCCCCAUCUUUUCUGAGAAGGUCCAUUCCAAAACUCACUCUUCUGGAAUGCCUAAUUGAAAACAUUAUUCCUCACUGACAUCAGAUUAGAUUAAAGAUCAGAUCGCCAGAAGGGAAAAUGGAGAGAUUCGAUAAAUAUGUAAAACAUCGGCUUUGCAAGAAAGAUGGAACGCACACGAGCCGCUCGAAGGGACUACAGUUCAAUCCCGAAUUUAUAAAGGAAGGAAUGGGAGAAGCGCGGUCAACAGGAUAAUGAUUUACAUUAUUUUGCUACAUCUCGCCCGUCGCGCGUGUCACAUCACGUUUCUUCGCGCGUUCGUGACACGUGAUUGUGGACAUAGGACUGAUUGACGGCGAAAGGGACAGCGAGACUGGAUCGAUUUACUAGUUCCGACGAAGCACCGUGUUCCUGCGAUGGCAUUACUCGACGCAGCUGGUGCAGCUGCGAAGCAUGUCUAAAUCGUACUGUUCGACAAAUUCGCAGUCGUCCCGAAGGAAUGCUCGCCAUCAGUAGUGGAGGAGACGGCUCAGCCGGCGAUAAUAACACCGUGGUGAUAACGUGCAGCAUUACGACGUGCGUGAACCACGGGCGCGUGUAUAUAUAGCGGCAGUUUCGUUCCGUCCGUUCUGUGUUUAUCAAAAUAUUCGGAAGCGCGGAUCCCCACGACGUGCGCGGACCGCCGCCUGCCUCGAACGAGUCUUCUACGUCCGUCGAAACCCUCUGCAAAGAAGAAUCAUGGCUCGGGAGAAUCUUGCCGCUGUGCUGUACGGCAUCAACGAUCUGCGCCUGGAAAAUACGAGUAUCGAGGAACCAGAAGACGAUGAAGUACUUCUGGAAAUGGGAUGUGUUGGAAUCUGCGGAUCAGAUGUUCAUUAUCUUGUUAAUGGAAGAAUUGGUGAUUUCAUAGUGAAGAAACCCAUGAUAAUUGGUCACGAGUCUUCCGGUACAGUUACUAAACUUGGGAAAAAUGUCAAGAAUCUGAAAGUGGGGGAUCGCGUUGCUAUUGAACCUGGUGUGCCUUGCAGGGUAUGUAAGUUUUGCAAGGAGGGACGUUACAAUCUGUGCAAGGAAAUCGUGUUUUGCGCGACGCCGCCUGUGCAUGGUAGCCUAAGACGUUUCUACAAACACGCAGCUGAUUUUUGCUUCAAAUUGCCCGAUCAUGUGAGUUUGGAAGAAGGAGCGCUUUUGGAACCGUUGUCAGUGGGAGUGCACGCUUGCAAACGGGCCGGGAUUGGAAUCGAUUCUAAAGUUUUAAUCCUAGGAGCUGGUCCAAUCGGUCUGGUGACGUUAUUGGUGGCCAAAGCUAUGGGUGCGAACAAAGUAGUUAUCACAGAUAUCAUAGAAAAUAGACUGAACAUGGCGAAGAAACUCGGCGCCGAUGCUACAUAUUUGGUGCAAAAAGAUAGAUCGGAGAAGGAUGUAGUGGCUGAUAUCCAUAGAAUUUUUGGAGAUGAACCUAACAGAACAAUAGACGCCUCUGGUGCGCAAGCCUCGAUUCGCUUGGCGAUUCUCGCAACAAGAUCUGGAGGAAUGGUGGUAUUAGUGGGAAAUAGUGCCCCAGAGGUGCAGAUCCCAUUAAUCAACGCGUUGACUAGGGAAGUCGAUAUUCGAGGCAUUUUUCGUUAUGCGAAUGACUAUGGUGACGCACUGGAACUCGUCGCAUCUGGCAAGGUGAAUGUGAAACCAUUGAUCACUCACAAUUACAAAAUAGAGGAGACCAAGCAAGCGUUCGAGACCAGCAAAACUGGGGCGGGCGGAGCCAUCAAAGUCAUGAUUCACUGCAAAUAGAUGAAUCACAACGCAAUCUGAAUAUCACAGUAUCAAAUACGAUCGUGGAUUCUUCUUACAAGGAAUGCUAUGUGAAAUUUUAAAUAGUGUUAAACUGUAUCUUGUCGAAUUUUAACGAGUCAUCACAAAAGCAGCAAAAGACUUGAUCUGCGAAACGUACAGAUAGAAGAUAAAGCAUGAAUAUAUUUUGACAUAAAUAUGUAACACGUGGUUUGAAAUUUUGAGAGAUGUUUUAACGAGAUGUCGUCCUUUGUCGCUUUAUCUCAUGUAAUAUGACAUGUUAUAAAUGCUGGUGCACUCUGCGAGAUCCUAAUUUACAUUAGAUGCAUCUCUCAUUCGAACGUCAGCAUAAUAUAAAGAACAUGAUUGUAUAGAAAUCGCAUAAAUAUGUACAACUAUUGUAAAUAUGUACAAUAGCUUCAAGGAAAAGUAAACAUAUUUGAAGUGACGAUGAAUUUCAGCGGUAAUGUUCACGUUGUUAUUUUCUCAGAACAAUAACAAUGUAUUUUAUAUCAGUAAUAAAAUUUUAUUUUGACUGAA